AUGGGCUGCGUCGUGGCCUACCUCCUCAAGGCCCUGGUCGAGUUCGUGCGCGCGGCCCCCGCCUUCGACGCCGCCGGCUUCCAGCGCGUCCAACUCCACGCCGCCUUCCUCCUCCGGGUCCUGCUCGCGGCGCCGGCGGACACGCCGCCGGGGCGCUGGGCCAGGGGGUGGGGGCCCGCCUUCAAGCGAACCCUCCACCGCCAGCUCAACGAGAUCGCCGCCGGCGCGUACGAGCGGCACGAGCCUAAGGCCCCGCUGCCGGAGGCCGUCGUCGACGACCUCGUCCGCGCCGCAAUCCAGGCCGCGGUUAAGGCGCUGCACUCGCAGGAGGGGGGCCCCGACGCGAGCCCGGGGAAUUCCGCCCUCGAGACGGCAUCCUCCACCACGGAGGAGGACCAAAGUGAGAACGACAUUGGCCUGAGCCCGUAG